AUGUCCAAUGUGUCCGUCUCCAGGGAUCCAACUAUGGAUGUCGCUUUGUUUCCUUCCUUUUCUGAUCAUCUCGUCCACAACGCAGCGGUGGCCGCGGUGCGGACAAUCGGUGGAAAAUCACAGGCUUUGCACUACAGAGCAGUUGGUGGUAGGAAGGGCAGAGGACGCGAAGAACUCAUGAUCGGCGUGUCACGGGAGCGGAUACGGCGGCAGACACAAGGAGAGCAAAGCGAAGCCGGCGCGACGGCCAGGCCCUCCAAGCACACAGCCACUGCCUCCUCGCCAAGAUACGCUAGCCUGCAUCUACAAGGAAAAAAAAAGGAACUUGCCUGUAUGGUGUUCACUAAAAAGAAGAAUCUGCUAAAAGAUUGGAUGUGGGCUGUACGUGGACAUGAACUUGUUCCUGGGAUUCAGAAGGGAGGACGUGCCAUGGAACUUCGAGAAGACGGAUAACCAUGUGUACCUCCAUGUCGUGCUU